UCUGUUCAGAUUGAGUGCGAGUGAGAGAAGAGAGAGUGCGAGAGAUCAUCGAAAGAAGGACAUAAAAGUCAGGGAAGAAGAGCUGAGCGUUUUACCAGCAGUGCCAAAACGUCCCGAGAAGCACCGGUCCUGUCACAGCUUGUCUUCACUCCUCACGUCAACCCGACCAUGAAGGACGGAUGACACUUCGGAGACCCGGACCCCUCACCUGGAUGAACUGACCUAAGGCGAUAAAUGUUCACUCCAAUUUUGUUUUGCGAGUUUCUUUGGAACAUGCGAGUGCCAGCGGGAUGAAGGAAGCAGCGUGGAGUUUUCUCCUGCUGUGCGCGUGCACGCAAACCGUGUCCGUGGCCGGGGUCCAAGGCUCGACAGUUGCCCCAACGGACACAACAGCAUCCACCUCUGCUCCUGUUACCCCCACUGACGACCAAAGCACAGGACUGGUGGAUUGGCUGACCAGGUAUGGCUACCUCCCGCCCUCAGACCCCUCUACUGGACAGCUACAGGCCUGGACAGCUGUCACUCAUGCUGUUAGAGCCAUGCAGAGGUUCGCAGGCCUCGAGGAUACAGGAGUUGCAGAUGAGGAGACACUGGCUCUGAUGCGAGCCCCACGAUGUUCACUGCCAGAUGAAGGGGAGGAGCCAAAACCACUGGCCAAUCAGCUCCAGGAGGGGCAGAGCCUGAGGAGAAAGAGGGCUGUGACCACAUGGACACGAAGGAACAUCAACUGGAGGUUGCGUUCAUACCCCACCUCCUCCUCCCUCUCCCGUGAGACGAUUCGUUCCCUGGUGUUUUACGCCCUGAGGGUGUGGGCAGACCCAACCCCACUGGAGUUCCACGAGGUGGGAGGCUCAGAAGGGGCAGACAUGCAGGUGGACUUCCUCCAUGGUUUCCAUGGUGAUGGAUACCCCUUCGAUGGGGCAGGGGGAGCUGUUGGCCACGCCUUUUUCCCCUCUGACCCUGCUAGAGCGGGCGGAGUACACCUGGAUGCUGAGGAGGAGUGGGCGUUCCGCCAGCCAGCCUCUGAGGGUACUGACCUGUUCACGGUCCUGGUGCAUGAGUUUGGCCAUGCCCUGGGUUUGUCCCACUCAUCUGCCAGGCGCUCUGUGAUGAGACCCUACUACCAGAGCCCCGUAGGAGAUCCUCUACACUACCGCCUGGGCCCCCACGAUCUGGAGCACAUCACCAGGCUCUACGACAUUCUGUAG